AUGCCACAGAAUGCUGGGUCAGAUAGAGAGUGGCUGUCAUCUGAAAAGUGCCUGACCACAGCUGACUUGGGGUCAACCCAGCUAAGAGAACUUUUAUGUUCAUUAAUGCAAAGUCUCAGUUGUCUCGGACCUCUCCUACCUGACUGACAAGAACUCAAAGACAAACUCACACAGACCUCUCACUAGUGCACUGAUAAUUGUUGACUGAGACUAAAAUAUUUGCGGCUUAUUCGUUUCAUCUUAGUAAUAAAAUGGAUCCAACUUUUCAAGACAUUUGUCUUUUCCAUCUUUCUGUGUGUGAGUCCUCUACAGCCUUUUUGCAUCUACAUAAUGCCAGAAGUUUUGCUCUUCCAGACUUUAAGGGAUUUUUAAGAGGACAGUCACUAUUCUCCUUUUUCUCUAUUUCAUAGACUUUUUCCAAUAAAUUGUUUCUAAAUGAUUACAAAUAUUUGGGCAUAUUAUCUUGCUGUUUGGGGUUACUUCAGAUGUUUACUUCUUGACAAUUUGGAAUCAUGUAGCACCAACAGGGCUGAGUAGUAUAGUAUAGCAAAAUCACGCGGUGAUGUUUAUUUAUCUUUAUUUCUUGUUUAAGUUUUCACCUAAUUGAAACUAAAGCCCGGACAGAAACGUCACCCUUGUUAGUUCAUCGUCUUAUACAAGCUCUACAAGGAACUGUCGAAAGGAGUAGAGCUCCCUCGGAAGAAGGAAAUACUGCAUUAAAUGGAAACUGCUAGAUCAACAGCCCAGUCGAAGGUCGCCAAGGAACCCGUACCAUGCGGUCCUUCUAAGCGAUUACAGACUGCAGAUGAUUAAACUGACGAUAAAAACGUCAUCAAGAAAAAACACAGUCAUUGGUGGUUCUCUGCGGACAGGCUUCAGGGUCUCGACGUUUGAUUGGCUGCCUUGCCGGUCAUAUAUAACACCCAGGACCCAACGGUCUUCCUUUUCAUUUUCUAACGGCAAGGACAAGACCUCACCACCGCCAUCCAUUCCAGCCUUGCACCCAAAAUCACCCUUAAUCCGGUAAGUUAUACUUGGAUAGCGAAGUAAUCAAAAACGGGAUAAAGUUCGCUUUGUUAUCCCAAAGGAUCGGUCUCCAUAGUUACGUUAUUUCAAGUAAUUGUCAUUCUCUCAAUAAAGGGGUGUUCUUUGUUAAAAAUGGUUGUACAGAAUGUCACUGUUUCUGUAGAAACUGUUAAAGUGAACUAAAGCUAAUUGGAGGUAUUAGAUUGUGUUUGGGGUAACUGACGGCCAGUAAUCGUGUAGAGAGGCGGAAGAAACGCUGAGGGGAUCCAGAAUGUUCUCGAACAAUGGUCAAGCGCCCCCCACUGAUCCAUUUCCGGUUGGUUGUUUUCACAAUAAAAUGUCGUAACCAUGCGGUUGGAUGUGACACGUUUACUUUGAAAUUCAAAUUAAUUCAGCGUAUUUCCAAUUAGUCGUAUCAGGACCGUAUCAUCGUUGAUGUAUAUUAUAACGGUUUAUGUUUUUUUUAAACUACUCUCUCGUGCUUUGCUUGAUCCCGGCAUGAUGUCACCCCGCCGGUUUUGACAGUGCCUUUCUGCUGAAGGCCUCGGCUUGGAUCAAACUAGUUCAGAGCGGUUUUGGUUCAAACCUCCUCUUGUCGGGCUAUAUAUAGUAAACCACAUAAAUUCCGACAAAAUGGUCUGUGAAAUGUCAGAACUGUGGUACGAAGUUGCUCCGUAGUCCACGUUCGUGUAACGUGAUUUCAAAAAUAAAGCGGUGUCUGCACUUCCCGAAAGAAGCUACUUUCAUAUCCCCUCCCCCGCCCAUCUAUUUCACACAUUUCCUUUAGAAGGGAGGGGUGGGGGGUUGUAACCAUUUUGAAUAAUGAUUACAGAAAAUUUAUGGUCUAGUGUCAUUUUCCCUAAAAGCAUUUCCCCUAAUAAAUUCAAUUAUUGACUGUAGUCAUUUAUGGAAUAAAUUAUGUGUUCUUAAGUAGAUCUUUAGAAUUUUUCCUUUGUUUUCCUGGAUAGUUUUUUUGGGCUGCAUUGUACAAAGCCAUCAGUCAGACUGAUGUAUUUGCUUUUAGAAAGGAAGAAAAGCAUGUUUUUUAGAAUGCUGUAGCAGCUUUCCACAUGCAGACAUUCAGACUUAAGCUUUACGGGAGGACAGUUGGACCUCAUCGCAUGUUUAUCUAUCUUCAGAUGCCUGUGUAUCAGUGCGUCUUAAUCUGGCUUGUAUCAUAGGUUGGCAAUUAAUGCGUAUGCAUGUGCAGCAUGAAUUUUAUUUUAAAGGUGGCUCCUGCCAGGUGGUGUUGGUGACCCAUGAGACUAAAUAUAAGCAGUAAUAUGCUGGAGCAGUACUGAUUUUGGAGUUUUGGUCAUGCAGAACACUGUAUUCAACAGAGCUGGGCUUUGAUCCCUAUUCCCUGAUGCCUAUUGUAGUUUUUUUUUCCACCUUCACUAAUAUCUGGAUACUUUCUAUUGUUAACCUGUAGGUCCUCCACAGGUUAAAAAAACGAUAAUACAUUUUUAAAAAAUCCACCGGAGCAUCUACAUUGUCGAUCUUUUUCUAUUUACUAACACCAGUGUGUGUCAUUCUAGAUUUUCAGCUGAGGCUGUGAGGAAAAUGAGAAAUGUUUAGGACAGUGGUCUCUUAAAUCUGUUCCAAUGCACCCGACAUAAGACUACACUUUAUGACUUGGUUGCAACGCUCAGAUAUUGACUAUAUUUUACAUGCCCAUACACCAUCAUGCUAAACUUUGGAAACCGAUCUUGUCUUUUUUUUCCUCAGGAAACAUGUCGAAGGGACCAGCAGUUGGCAUUGACCUUGGGACCACCUACUCCUGUGUUGGUGUUUUCCAGCAUGGCAAAGUUGAAAUCAUUGCCAACGACCAGGGUAACCGGACCACACCCAGCUAUGUGGCCUUCACAGACAGCGAGAGACUGAUCGGCGAUGCAGCCAAGAACCAGGUUGCAAUGAAUCCCACCAACACAGUCUUUGGUAAGGAUAACUAGCAUUAGUUAUUUAUGUGUUGUGGUCCUGUGACCUUGUUUGUUUCUUGUUGGAACUGUUACUAGACUUUUAUUAUCUAUUUUUUUGUUUUUGUAGAUGCCAAACGUUUGAUUGGCCGCAGGUUUGAUGACACAGUUGUACAGUCAGAUAUGAAACACUGGCCAUUUAAUGUCAUCAAUGACAACACUCGCCCUAAGGUCCAAGUUGAAUACAAGGGUGAAAGUAAGUCCUUCUACCCAGAAGAAAUUUCAUCAAUGGUGCUGACCAAAAUGAAGGAAAUUGCUGAAGCUUACCUCGGAAAAGUAAGUCAUCUGACCUUUUCCUGACCAAAAUACAGAAAGAGAAGCUUUGAUUUUAGCAUAUGCUAAUAUUUCGUCUUAUUUCUUUCAGACUGUCAACAAUGCUGUGAUCACGGUGCCUGCUUACUUCAAUGACUCCCAGCGCCAGGCCACAAAGGAUGCUGGCACAAUCUCUGGCCUCAAUGUUUUGCGAAUCAUCAAUGAACCAACUGCAGCUGCGAUUGCCUAUGGACUGGACAAGAAGGUGAUUGGGCUGGGCCUCUUAUGAGUGAUAUCCAGUGUAAUCUAACUAAUGUAUGAUUUAAUAAAAACUAUACAACUAUUUCUUAUCAUAGGUUGGCUCAGAAAGGAAUGUUCUCAUUUUUGACCUUGGUGGUGGCACCUUCGAUGUUUCCAUCCUGACCAUUGAGGAUGGUAUCUUUGAGGUGAAAUCCACUGCUGGAGACACUCAUCUCGGUGGGGAAGAUUUUGACAACCGCAUGGUCAACCACUUUAUUGCAGAGUUCAAGCGCAAGUACAAAAAGGACAUCAGUGACAACAAAAGAGCUGUCCGUCGUCUGCGCACUGCCUGUGAGAGGGCAAAGCGUACCCUGUCUUCCAGCACACAGGCCAGCAUUGAAAUCGACUCUUUGUAUGAGGGAGUCGACUUCUACACCUCCAUCACCAGGGCUCGCUUUGAGGAGCUGAAUGCCGAUCUCUUCCGUGGCACCUUGGACCCUGUAGAGAAGUCUCUCCGUGAUGCCAAGAUGGAUAAAGGACAAAUCCACGACAUUGUGUUGGUCGGUGGCUCCACCCGUAUACCCAAGAUCCAGAAGCUGCUUCAGGAUUUCUUUAAUGGAAAAGAGCUCAAUAAGAGCAUUAAUCCAGAUGAGGCAGUGGCUUAUGGAGCUGGUAGGUAGAAAGAUGAAGCACAAGUUAAAUUCUAUGAACUGUGAGAGCAGCACUGUCUUUUUUAUAAGCUUGACUUCUUUCCCCAAAUGCUUCUGUGUUUUAACCAUGGCGUAUCUUUCCAGCGGUCCAGGCUGCCAUCCUGUCUGGAGAUAAGUCUGAGAAUGUGCAGGAUUUGCUGCUCCUCGAUGUCACCCCUCUGUCUCUGGGUAUUGAAACUGCUGGCGGUGUCAUGACUGUCCUCAUCAAACGCAACACCACCAUACCUACUAAGCAGACACAGACCUUCACCACUUAUUCUGACAACCAGCCUGGUGUGCUCAUUCAGGUAACUGUUUGUAGCUCACAUCAGAGACCCAAGAUUGCUUUGAUCCAUAAGAUGUAAUGUGCUGUACACCAUGGGCUACCAGCAAACAUGCAGAAAGAUGUUUUAUCUGGUUUCUGGGUGUCUUUCAAAUAUUAGUUGAACCAAGUGGCAAUCUUUAGUGACUUAAAGCUGAUGCAAAAGUACUAAAAACUGCAGUUCCUUGAGUAUCUGUUAGUUUUUUAUUUUUUUUUUUCACAUACAGAUGAGAGUCGAACUUGUUAACAAACUCUCCAUUCUGUUCUUUCCAACAGGUUUAUGAGGGCGAGCGUGCUAUGACCAAGGACAACAACCUGCUGGGCAAGUUUGAGCUGACUGGCAUCCCUCCUGCCCCUCGUGGUGUUCCCCAGAUUGAGGUGACAUUUGAUAUCGAUGCCAACGGUAUCAUGAAUGUGUCUGCUAUAGAUAAGAGCACUGGCAAGGAGAACAAGAUCACCAUCACCAAUGACAAGGGUGAGUUCGGAACUAGAUUUAGGACCAAUUUAAAAGUAUUGUCAGAACUUCUUCUGAUGCAUUCAAAUUUGGUUUUCCCAGGUCGCCUCAGCAAGGAGGACAUUGAGCGCAUGGUUCAGGAAGCUGAGAAGUACAAGGCAGAGGACGAUGUACAGCGUGACAAAGUGUCUGCUAAAAACGGCUUGGAGUCAUAUGCUUUCAACAUGAAGUCUACUGUGGAAGAUGAGAAGCUUGCUGGCAAGAUCAGUGAUGACGACAAGCAGAAGAUUUUGGACAAGUGCAACGAGGUCAUCAGUUGGCUGGACAAGAACCAGGUACAUGAUAUUGUUCAAAUGUUGCUGAUUUUAUUUGUUUUGGGAAAAAGAAUUCACCUCAAGACUAACCACUCUUGUAUUUCAGACUGCAGAGAAAGAUGAGUAUGAGCAUCAGCAGAAAGAGCUGGAGAAGGUGUGCAACCCCAUCAUCACCAAGCUGUACCAGAGUGCUGGGGGAAUGCCUGGUGGUAUGCCAGAAGGCAUGCCAGGUGGCUUCCCUGGAGCUGGUGGUGCAGCUCCUGGCGGUGGAUCCUCUGGACCAACCAUUGAGGAGGUCGACUAA